AUGGCCAAGUCUUCUUCUUCCUCCGUUGCUGAUGGUGCUGAUGGUGCUGAUGGUGGUACCAGUAGUGCUACUAGCGACAUCCCACCCUUGAUGGCAAUGCCUUUACAUGAAGCAGAGGUUGAUGAGGUUGAUGUAGAUGAUGUGGCUGAUGUAGAGAACCAACGGCAAGACAUACUACUACUAGCAGACGAAGAAGACGCUCUAGCAGAUGAAGAAGACAGCACUAAUGAUGAGCAUGACGAUGACAAUGAUACUCUCAAGCUUCGAAACAACUGGAGAAAACGAGCCAACGAUCAACGGGGUCGUCUUACGGGUAGCGACGGUUCUCUCAAGAGCAAGGAGAGGAGUACUUAUUUCGACUACAAUAGCUCGGAAGAGUUGUAUGCCAACGACGAUGAUGAUGAUGAGGAGGAGGAGGAGGGUGAUAUUGAGGAUGGCAGUAGUCACUGUUCCUCAUCUGUGAUUCCCGACAGUCUCGACUCUGAAGAUUACGCCUACGAAAAAGAAAGGGCCGUUUUCUGUGGAAUCUUUUUUUAUCUCUGUAUGCAGCAGUUUGCCACUGCCAUUUGGACUGCCUGGCUACAGUUCUCGGGAAUCGUGACAAAACUCUGCGGACGAUGCAGCAAAGGUGGAGACAACGAUAAUCCAGUUCUCGAAGGAAAUCCUCAAGAGAUGCUACAACAAGAGUUGCUACACGUUCCCGAAAUGGAUAUGUCUGCCACGUCUCACAGUUCCGUGGGGACCAGCGGUGGUGGUAGUGGUGGUGGAGGAGGAGCCGCUCCUCCGGGACCUCCUCCUGCCGUGGCGCAAAUGGCAACGGCGGCCGCCAAUAAUGCUGCAGGGAGUGCUGCCAGUGGAACCGCAGCUGCUUCUGGCACGGCUGCCGCAUCAGGAGCCGCCGGAAAUCUGGCCAGUGCCGUCGCUAGUGCCGGGGCUACAUCCCAAGUGGCGGCCGUGGCAGCGGGAGUCGCCGUCGUUUCCGUGGCCGCCAUUGCCGCCACGUCGGGACCGUCAACAGCCAUGGUACUUCCCGCUCUGUUUGUACCACCCACAUGUGCCAAUGCCGAUCUGGCCGAAGACAAGACGGGCUAUGUACAACUCAAGAUUGAAGGGAUACCACCCCGUGUCUUUCAAGAGCACAAGCAUCUCAUGGAGGAACUCUUUCGGGAUGUAUACAAUGAAAUAUCGGGCAUGUGCCUCGAUCCCAUGUCCCGUAUCAUGCUCUCGGCCAAUCUGACGGAAUGGGACACGGAUUGGGGAAACCACACCAACUUUGACUCGUUCGAUCCCAACAAUAGUACCAACACCAAUGCCACUCUCGCAGCCUACGAUGCCGCCGACGAUAACGACGCGGUUGUGUCCCUCAACACCAACACCACCCGACGGAGACUCCAAGAAGACAAAGACUUUAAUGAACUAUUGCAGUUGCAACUGCAACAACACCGGUUUCUGCAACAGUUUGAUCUCAGCCAGUUCUUUGAAAUGUUUGCCGCUUCCUUUAGUUACAGCCUCGCACCCUACCUCGAAGAGAAUGGCAUUAUCGCAGCAGCUUCGGCAGCAGCCGUAGCCAGUUUCAGAGAGUACGCCAAUCAGGUAAUUCGAGUGGUCCAAGCCACCACCAUGGAUGCAGAGGGCCGAACUGCCAUUGUUCUCUUUAUAGACAAAGAACAGAUUGAAUUGGCAUCGGCGGCGGUGGAAGCCAACGGUGGCACUCCGGUGGCCAUUUUUGUUUCCAGUGACUUGUCGGACAUUGAAAAUUGCUUCUUGUCGGGAAACAGCACGGCCAAGUCGUCCCUGUCUAAUUCUUCAUCGUCGUCUUCAUCAUCAACCCAGUCACAAUAUUGCCAAACGCUCUUGGCACUGGCAGAAGACUCUGGUGCAUCGGUGGACACCAUUCUCGAUUGUGCCAGCAAGCCAACAUCGACCGAGGAAUGCCAACGGUUACUGCAUGAUAUUCUGACGCUAGAAACCGAGGCCCCGACGCCCAAUCCCACAACAGCUCCUCCCUCUGACAUGCCAUCCAUGUCACCGUCUGAUUCACCCUCCAUGAUUCCCUCACUCACGCCAUCCUUGAUUCCUUCCGACACACCGUCUGUGCCUCCCAGUGCUUCCCCAUCAGCCAAACCAACAGGAGGGCCAACGCUUGCUCCUUCCCAUUCUCCUACGGCAAGUCCUACGUCCAAUCCAACCAAUCUUCCCACAGCAGAGCCAACAGUGGCUCCAACGGAAAGCCCGACAUACGGCCCUACCACUGCCCCAACAAGGGAGCCUACUCCUUCCCCAACCAAUGCACCCUCACCAAGGCCAACUUCUUUCCCUACCAGUACCCCAAGAGCAGAACAAGGAAUGACCUUUGCAACACAGGAACCCACAUUCAUCCCAACGAUUCCACCAACUCCAGCCCCAACCUAUGAACCCACCGAAAGCCCAACGCAGCAGCCAACACCAGCCCCAAGAGAUGGGCCAACUUCUUCUCCUACAGUUACUCCCACUUCAGAGCCUACACAGCUGCCAACUCUUGCCCCAACCGAUGGGCCAACUUCUUCGCCUACAGUUACUCCCACUUCAGAGCCUACACUGCCUCCCACACUAGAGCCUACUGCAAAUCCUACAUCAAGCCCCACAAAUCAGCCUACUCCUGGUCCAACACUUGACCCCACAAACCUGCCUACUCCUGGUCCCACACAAAGCCCAACGAAACAGCCUACUCCUGACCCCACUGGCGCUCCCACUGAUGUUCCCAGUUUCCAUCCCAUUAGCAGUCCAAGUGGCAGUCCCUCAAGGCAUCCCAGUAGCAGUCCAAGCACAAUUCCUUCUCUGGUGCCCAGUGCACAUCCCUCCCUUGUUCCAUCCACCGCCCCAAGUCCAGGGUGUGCCACUCCUUUUGUGGACGAACAAACUGUAUACUAUCUCUUUGGAUUAGGAAAUGUCACUGGAGAGGGAGACGCAUUGGUGAAUGCUUUCAUAGUGGGCUAUGAAGCUGUGAGCAAGACAGUGUGCUCUGCUAAGCUGCUCAGUGUAGAAUUUGACACCUGGGAACCCAUCAGGGAGCCCAACAACCAGGCAGCCGUCCUCCUCUCCAUCGAAGGGCCCUACGAGCUCACCAUCUAUAGAUCCAUCAUCGAAUCCAUCCCAGAGCCCUUCUGGAAGCCCUUCAGUGAUGCCAUCUUUGACACCAUCAGGAACUCCCACUUUGUCUCCUUCAAGUGGCCCAUCUAG